CUGUUUCAUCUUCACAUCGACCUUGCGUCCUAAUUCUCUCCUCGUAGACUCCGCUGGAUGACUGCAGGCGGAUAUUUGUCGUUUUUUGCGGUGUUCUCCUGCAGCCUGCAUUGAGCGUUAUAGCGAGCCUUUCGACGGGAGAGCUGUUAGUAUGUAGGCGGGUUGAUGAGGAAGGGCAGAUAAAUGACGCGAGGAUCCGGACACAGUGGAACUCUGUAGAUUUUCCAUCAGGAGAAAAAGGGACGAUCAGUUUUCAGCGUGAGAACAUCACGGAGCCUCCGCAAGUUUAGUUUCAGCACCUUGGGACAGCGGCACGAACUAAAAGCCUGAUUUAAUCCCAAAUCUCGCCUUGAUUUUCAAGUUAGGCUGCAAACAGCAACUCCUAUCUGUGUUUGUCACUAAACUUAUUUUCUGCUCUUUAUUGAUUGCAUUAAGUAAAUUGCACGAGGAUCAGUUGCAUGAUAGAGAGGAGAUCGUCUCCACAGUGCUGUUUAGUUGGAGAAUUAUUUUGUAAUAAUUGAUUCUGUUUUUGCUACAAAAGAAACAGUCAAACUAGAACUGAGCUCUAAAUUCUAAAUACGCUCUGAUCUCUGAGGAGCAUCAGCAGCACAUGGGACUUGAUUCGUCUUGACCCACGCACAGUCACCCGUGCACACUCACCGACCGAGCCUUCAGCAUCCAAGAGAGAUGUCUCGGCUCUGCCAAAGCCUCCUCCGAAGGUCCGUCCUCCGCUCCUCUCUGACUCUCACCCUCACUGUGCUCCUCUCCUGCUCCUGCCCGGCUCUAGGCAAGAAGAAGCUCUACAUCGGAGCCCUGUUUCCCAUGAGUGGAGGCUGGCCCGGAGGACAAGCCUGUCUCCCCGCCGCUCAGAUGGCUCUGGACCUGGUGAAUAAGAGGACCGACAUCCUGCCGGACUACGAGCUAGAGCUGAUCUACUAUGACAGCAUGUGUGAUCCAGGUGAAGCCACCAAGCUGUUGUAUGACCUUCUGUACACGGAGCCCAUUAAAAUCGUGCUGAUGCCGGGCUGCAGCUCUGUGUCCACGCUGGUGGCUGAGGCCGCUCGCAUGUGGAACCUCAUCGUGUUGUCGUAUGGCUCCAGCUCUCCAGCUCUGUCCAACCGCCAGCGUUUUCCCACCUUUUUCCGCACUCAUCCGUCUGCCACGCUGCACAACCCCACCCGAGUGCAGCUCUUUCAGAAGUGGAAAUGGACCAAGAUUGCCACCAUUCAGCAAACAACAGAAGUUUUUACAUCAACUCUGGAUGAUCUGGAGGAGAGGGUGAAGGAGGCAGGAAUUGAAAUCAGCGUUCGUCAGAGCUUCCUCACCGACCCUGCUGUGGCUGUUAAAAACCUCAAGCGCCAAGAUGCCAGAAUUAUUGUCGGCCUGUUCUAUGAGACGGAGGCCAGGAAAGUCUUCUGUGAGGUGUACAAGGAGAAGCUGUAUGGGAAGAAGUACGUGUGGUUCCUCAUCGGCUGGUACGCAGACAACUGGUUUAAGAUCAAGGACCCGUCCAUUAACUGCACUGUGGAGCAGAUGACAGAGGCUGUAGAGGGUCAUGUGACUACUGAGAUUGUCAUGCUCAACCCAGAGACAGUGAGAGGAGCCUCUAACUUGACCUCUCAGGAAUUUCUCGCCCGGUUGAUGUCUAAACUCGGGGGUAAAAACCCAGAGGAGACAGGUGGUUUCCAGGAGGCCCCCCUGGCCUAUGAUGCUGUAUGGGCUCUAGCCCUGGCUCUCAACAAGACUGUGGGCCCCCUGAAGGCCAAGGGUCACCGGCUAGAAGAUUUCAACUACAACAACCGAGAUAUUACAGCUGAGAUCUACCGAGCCCUCAACACCAGCUCCUUUGAAGGAGUUUCAGGUCAUGUUGUAUUUGAUGCUCAAGGCUCCCGAAUGGCAUGGACUCUUAUUGAGCAGCUUCAAGGGGGGAGCUAUAAGAAGAUUGGAUACUACGACAGCACUAAAGGCAAUCUGUCAUGGUAUGGGAAUGACAAGUGGAUAGGCUCAGGCCCCCCUGCAGACCAGACGGUGGUAAUCGAGGAGUUUCGCUACCUGUCCCAGAAGAUCUUUGUGUCUGUGUCUGUAUUUGCUGGUUUGGGAAUCCUUCUUGGAAUCGUCUGCCUCACCUUCAACAUCUACAACAGCAAUGUCAGGUACAUACAGAACUCCCAGCCAUAUCUGAACAACAUGACUGCAGUGGGCUGCAUGAUGGCUCUGGCUGCUGUCUUCCCUCUGGGCAUCGAUGGCCUUCAUGUCCACAGGAGGCAGUUCCCCGUCGUCUGCCAGUUCCGCCUGUGGCUGCUUGGUCUGGGUUUCAGCCUGGCUUACGGCAGCAUGUUCACCAAGAUCUGGUGGGUCCACACCGUCUUCACCAAGAAGGAUGAGAAGAAGGACAGGAGGAAGCAGCAUCUGGAACCAUGGAAACUCUACGCUACUGUUGGUGUUCUGCUCGGCAUCGACAUCCUGUCCCUCAUGAUCUGGCAAAUUGUGGAUCCCUUGCAUAUCACAGUGGAGAAAUUCACCAGAGAAGCUCCCAAAGGAGACCUGGAUGUUUUGAUCCAGCCUUUACUGGAACACUGCAGCUCAGAAAAAAUGAACACCUGGCUGGGUGUGGUGUACGGUUAUAAAGGUUUAAUGCUGCUGCUCGGCAUCUUCCUGGCCUAUGAGACCAAGUCCAUCUCCACCGAGAAGAUUAAUGACCACCGAGCUGUGGGCAUGGCCAUCUAUAAUGUUGCUGUGCUGUGCAUGAUAACAGCUCCAGUCACCAUGAUCCUGUCCUCUCAGCAGGACGCCUCCUUCGCGUUCGCCUCCUUGGCCAUUGUCUUCUCAGUCUACAUCACCCUGGUGGUUCUGUUCAUCCCCAAGAUGCGGCGUCUGAUCACACGGGGUGAGUGGCAGUCGGAUGCUCAGGAGACCAUGAAGACGGGCUCGUCCACCAAUAAUAAUGACGAGGAGAAGUCCAGACAGCUGGAGAGAGAGAACAAGGAGCUACAGAAGAUCAUCCAGGAGAAAGAAGAGCGUGUGUCUGAGCUCAGGAACCAGCUGUCUGAGCGGCAGGCUCUGCGCUCCAGGAGAAGAGCGUCCACUCUCACCAAUCAGAACCACAGCUCUCCAUCCCGCGCCAUUCCCCAGAGCGAUCCCCGGUCCCUGGCCCCUCCUCCGGGCUACCCCGCCCCCAUCUCCGACCUCCACCCCGUUGCUCCAUCCUUCGGCAACUCGUCCAGCCUCUACCAGCAGCCAGACAGCAAGAUCAGCCGAAAUAACUGCCACACCAGCCGGCUGCAGCUGCUCUACAAGUGAGGUGGUGAUGAAUGCUGGAGGGACAGUAAUGACAUUCACAUACAGAUGGAGAAAAUGAAGUUUGAAAAAGCAAUGUGAAACUGUUGGAGGGGCUGACUCCAAAACUCAUUCCACCAAUCAGCAGAGGCCCGAGGAUAACCAGUUCUCAAGCCGAUCAACUUGUUAUUUUUGUUUCUCUUAGAGAAAAAGAUGUACAUACAUCUUGUUAAUCAUACAGUUUUGCAUCUAACCUGCCAGCGAUUUAUUAUGUGCCAUCUAGAGUAAAGUUGCAGUGAGAAUGCACUGUUGGUUAGGCCCUGGCCCCUCUAGCUAUAGCUGCUAAGUUGCCCAUCCAUCCAUCCACUGUAGCACUGCACAUGAUGCAGGUUACAGUGGUGGCAGACAUGGGAAUUCAUGCUCAUUUCUGAAACAAACAGCGCUCCCCUUUAGGUUAAAGAGGACAAAAGCAGCUUCUCAUCGUUGAUGCUGUCAGCUGAAAUGACAUCAGAUUUAAUUCAUGAAGACGAUUUGCUGUGUUGUUGAUACCUGGCCUGCAGAUAUGUCAGACCACAUGGUGGACCACAAACAGUUACUGCUGCUUGGCUUUCACGAUGUGCAGGAUGUCAUCCGAUUGUUCCUGUUUUAAUUAUUAUUAUUCAAGUCACUGUAGGUGUUCAUGUAACAGGCGAACUGUUUUUGUAGUAUCACAAACAGUGCCACCAGAUGGCAAUAUGAAUACAUUUGAUUGCAGAUUGAAAACUGCACGCACACAUGCUAGUCACUGAAUUCUCCCCAACAAUUUCUUGCAAAUGUUUCACAAUAAAAGCCUUUUCAGAAAUUGAAGGGAUUCUCUCCACCAAUACAGUAGGCAUUAGGUUUCCAUUUACCCUUUGGAUUGCACAAAUUCAAAUUCCGAAUAUAAAAUAUGCCUAAAGGGAACAUGUCAGUUUCCAAAAAACUCCCAUUUAUUGCAAAAAAGUUUGCAAUAAACUUUAACUACAGUUAAUCAAACCUGCCAGCGACAGUUGUCAUUUCAGCAGACAAUAGAUGGUCUUUGACUAGAUGGAGCAACAGUAGCUAUCAGCUGGUGGGGCUCAUGACAGAGCAUUUUCUGUACCUUACAAUAUAGCCUCCUAAUGUGUUUAGAUAGUGCUAUAUACUGUAUUAAGAGGCUGGACAGACUUCAUGAUGAUGUCAGUUUUGUAACAAAUAACUGGUUGUAUCCAAAACAUAAUAUGUUUUUUUGUUUUAGCUCCUCUUGUUCAAUGGUUGAUGGUGGGUGUUUUUUACAUUGUUAUGAGUCUCUGUUCAAAGAGACUGCUGAGUCAUUGUACAUAGUUGUGUGUAUCCAUGCUAAACCCCUCACUGUGGAUUAACCCCAUCCUGUUGAAUCAGGGCUGAGAGGAAAAGUAAGCUGAGGACAUUGCUGUCAUCUGUCAGGUAUUUACCCUAUCAAGUGUUGUUAGCGCCACACUCCCAAGCUGAACAUGAGGUUAAAAGCAUCAAUUCAAACACCUCUGUGUGUUUAAUGUUAGGCUGCAGCUGUGUCUGUUUUUCUGUGGACAAGACAGAUAAAUACCAGAACUUAAAUACAAGGGACCUGCUGUCAGCCAACAAGGCUUACAUGUCAAACUUAAAGCUAAAGCAGUGAGAUUUUCUCUGUCAUAUUUAAGCUUUUUGAAGUUGUUCUCUGGGAACUGAAUUAUUUUCAUGUCUUAGAAAUAAAUUUACCUUGGUGCAUGUUGCUGCAUGUUUGGGAGAUCGGUUUCUGGUUAAGGGAACAAAGGAGACAUGUCAGUACAGACCACUAUUAGCUGAUAGCUGUGGCAGCAGCUGUAGAAUAACAAAUUGCUAAAUCUGAAUUUUAAAGUCAUAACUUAAAACUAUAUAUAUAUUUUUUAUUUACUGUGUAUCUUAUAUUUGUAUGCAAGAUUUUAAAACAUGAAUCAUUUUCUCAGUCUGAUUUUUACAGGUAUACAAAAGUUUCUAAACCAUAACCAUAACCUUUCUGACUUUUAUCAACAGACGAAUCAGUUUUUCUCUAGCAAGAGAUCCUCCUGGCAUGGCUGGUCAUGAAUUUGUUUAAGCACUGGCAACAUGAGUCAACAGGACCACAGUGAAAACAAGAUGUAAUUUUGAGCUCACACAUUUCCUCCACAGCGAUGAACAGAGUUUCUGGUUAGGCUUGAAAAUGAAACCAACAGGCUGGCAUCAGAUUUCCCCUGCAUAAACCGCUGCAGCAUUUCACAUCUUGUUGUUUUCACUCUUCUGCUUUUUUGGUUUUAUUCCCAAAUAUAGCUCUUUGUGGGGAUUUUGUAGACAAACAGGCAGAUUUCCUUUCUUCCAGUUUCAAUAAAAAGGUAUUUAUGCCAGAAACUGAAAUUACAACACGUGCUUGACUUCUGAAUUCCUAAUAAUAACUUAAGAGAAUAACAGGGAUAAGAGCAUGGGGCUUUUGUUUUCUUUUGCCACUUUUUCCACCUAAAUUGGCAUUUAUAUGCUUUUUUUUUUAACACAGGAAAACCCACUAAAAAUAUAUGACAGACUCUGUUCCCACUGCCACUAGACACUUUGGUAUACUUUUUGUUUUUUGUAAUGGUGUGUAACAUUAGCCGUCAUGAAUGCGCUGGAAAAGGUUGGUAAAACAGUAGA